GGGAGUUCAAGCCAAGAUUCGUGUAGCGACGUGCUUCAGACCCGCUCACACGUCUUUAAGUCAUAAUCACUGUCCGAUAAGAAGAUCGGUUGGGCAGAGAUAGAUCUCUUCUGACCACUCCUUCCUGCAGUUGUCAGCAAGAUGUGGACGUCCGUCGCGUUCGUGGCCGUUGUGCUGAUGCUGACUCAAGGAAAGGUGAGGAGCGGGAGAGGGGAGAAAUAGACACAGCUGGAUGGUCGCAUUGCUGUGUGUGGUCUGGAGCUCGGCAGGAGUGCAUGGCUUAUGCGCCAGGCAUGUCGGCCUCGGCGCUGCAGUCAGUGAUCCAGAAGCCGGUCUCAGCCAAGCCGGUGCUGCGAGGACGGACUGCCACUCUCGUGUCGUCAUCGUCUGUCGCCAAGCCACCCGCUGCAGCCGCCAGCAAGGCUGAGGUCAGUGUGUCAGAGAGUGAUCACGUGUUGUGUGUGGUGAUCCAUUGUGCUGUGCAUGGCUUUUGCCUCGUUCCCUGUUUCUGUCUGUGUGUAUGUCAGACUGUCAAGAAGGCCGAGUACGUGGCGAUAGUGGCCAACAAGGCGGGCGUGUCCAAGAAGGAGACCGAGACCGUGCUCAAGGCGCUGACCGAGACCAUAGUGGAGACGGUGGUGAGUGGCAAGAAGAUCAACAUCCCCAACAUCGGCACCUUCGAGCCCAAGCACCGCCAGAAGAGGACGGGCCGCAACCCCCGCACGGGAGAGGUGCUCGACAUCCCCCCUUCCACAGUCCCCAGCCUCUCCAUCUCCACCGUAUUCAAGAAGGCCGUCAACGGAGAGGGACCGCUCCCCGGCAAGGCCGACAAAGCCGCCGGAUAGACAGACGGACGGACGACAUUUCAUUCGAUGGAUGGAUGCUUCCGGCAUGCAUACCUGUGUGUGUGCGGGCGGGCGGGAGGGCGUGUGCGUGUGUGGGCGGGGGUUGGCAGUGUUGCAAGGAGGGAGGGAGGGGCGUUUUAGAGCCAUGCGUGCGGUGGACGGACGGGUGAAAUGAUGGACGGACCAAGACAGAGAGACGGAUGUGUGUGUGUGUAUGUAUGUAUGGGUGAAGGUACUUUUUGCCCGGUGGACUGUUUGGUGCUCUGUGAGUGAGCUUUGUACCAUGGUACCUGCCUGCCUCACCUCGUCUGGCUGUCUGUCUGUCUGUAUGGCUUGCUGGAUGGAUGAAUGCCCGCCUGCCGCAUUCGUGUCGUGAUCGAGCGAGAAAGCGGCAGAUGGUUGGGCUUGCUGCCUUGGCUUUGUGGCUGGCGAGAGGGAGACAGGGAGGGAGGGAGGGAGGUGGGGAGGGAGGCCUCCUCCUGUAGACUGACGGCGAGUGACUUUUGGAUGUGAGGCUUCUGAUUUGUACGUCGUUCCCGCCUCACAUCCAAAAGUAUGUGGUAUGGAGUGGUAUGGAUUGUGUGGUAUGGAUGUGGGGUAUGGAGUGGUGUUGCGCUGGUGCAGAUGUUGUGUGUGUGUUGUGUUGUGUUGUGUCGGUGGCCGGGUAGCACACAUCACUCUGACGGACAUUGAGAUCAUAUCACGCAUUGUGGUGCGAUUUGUCCAUUCUCAACAUUCUGCACGCCCUCUGUAAUGCGGCCACACACAAUUGAGCCUAGUAUCAUCUGCGGCGCGCGUGUGUGGCUUGUGUGCCGUCACUGUUCGUCACAAAGGGCGUGGAUGUCUGUGAACUCGUAAUCGUCCUCCUGCGAAAUGCAGUGACGCACACAUACACACAUACACGACACUCAGGCGGGGCAGUUGGCGGGGCGCACCUGAUGCCUGCCUGCCUGCCUGCCCUCCCUGGUCAUGGUAUAAGUGGUGAUGGUGUGGCCUCUCGUAUGCUCUGCUCUGUUGGUGCUUUUCUCCUCUGUCUGUCUGUCUGUCUGGCUGAGCGACUGGGUUGUGGGUAGAAGGACUACAUAGAGGACGAAUGGCUGCAUAUGCCGACACUGUGUGUCUGAGUGACGUACACGUGCGUCCACACCUGCAGCUGAAUCCAUUCAUUGAUAG